GAGGUGAUGCGAUUCCCAGCGGGAGACUGAAUGAAGAAUUACGAAGCAGACUUGAGGUGCGGUUCCUGGAGCAGCAGAACCAGGUGCUGGAGACCAAGUGGGAGCUGCUGCAGCAGCUGGACCUGAACAACUGCAAGAACUCUGAGAAUGAAUUUGUGAAGGACGUGGAUGCGGCGUACAUGAGCAAAGUGGAGCUACAGGCCAAGGUAGAUGCUCUGGAAGGAGAAAUCAAGUUUUUCAAGUGCCUGUACAAGGGGGAGAUCGCUCAGAUCCAGUCCCACAUCAGUGACACAUCCAUCAUCCUGUCCAUGGACAACAACUGGAACCUGGACCUGGACAGCAUCAUUGCUGAGGUCCGUGCCCAGUACAAGGAGGUCGCCCGAAAGAGCAAGGCCGAGGCCGAGACCCUGUACCAGACCAAGUUUCAGGAGCUGCUGCUGACAGCUAACAGGCACGGGGAUGACCUGAAACACACCAAAAAUGAGAUCUCAGAGCUGACCCGUCUAAUCCAGAGGUUGCACGCGGAGAUUGAGAGUGUGAAGAAGCAGUGCGCCAACCUGGAGACGGCCAUCGCCAACACCGAGCAGCAGGGGGACUGCUUCUUCAAAGAUGCUAGAGCCAAGCUGGAUGAGCUGGAGGGCACCCUGCAGCAGGCCAAGGAGGAGCUGGCAUGGAUGCUGCGAGAGUACCAGGAGCUUUUGAGCAUGAAGCUGGCCCUGGACAUCGAGAUUGCCACCUACCGCAAGCUGCUGGAGGGCGAGGAGUGCAGGAUGUCUGGAGAAUACACCAACUCUGUGAGCAUUUCGGUCUUCAACAGCUCCAUGGCUGGGGCAGCAGGCACAGGGGCUGGCUUUGGAUUCAGCAAUGCUGGCACCUACGGCUACUGGCCCAGCUCUGUCAGCGGAGGCUACAGCAUGAUGCCUGGGGGCUGUGUUACUGGCAGUGGGAACUGCAGCCCCCUUGGGGAAGCCAGGACCAGGUUGGGGAGUGCAAGUGAAUUCAAGGACUCCCAGGGAAAGACCUUAGCUCUCAGCUCACCCACCAAGAAAACCAUGAGAUAAAAGUGAAAGCCCAUUUCCCAGUAGUCUGCCUUACUCCGGCAGACUACUCCAGACUCCUUCUCUAGGAAAUUCCUCUGUCUCAUUUGUCCUCAUCUCCUUCUUCCUUUGCUUUGCCAUGGACCUCUCUCGCUUCUCCUUGACCUCUCUGCCUCAGUCUUUGUUAAUGCUGAAUCAGGAUUCGAGAGCUGGAGCCUAUCCUUCUGCCUCCAUCCAAAGAGACCUCUUCACUCAGUCUCCCCUUCUGGAUGAAGACUUGGCCUUUUCUCUGCCUGCAUGUCCCCAUGCAGAGGAAGGCUGUCUCUCAAGGAUAAAACCCCAGUCUUCCUGUGCUGCUCUUUCAUACCUUGUCUCAGUAACUAUUUGGCCAUUUGCUCCCUGGGUACACAAGGUUUCAGAUCUACUGAGAGACUUGCAAGAACUGUCUUGUGUUAGAGCAGCACCGGCUCAGGCAAAACGCCUGGUGGGAGGUUGUAUCUUGCAUAUCCACUGCAUAUUACAUAGCUGGGAGUAUUCUUUGAGGCCAAUCUUAUCAAUCAAGGGAUUUGUGCUCUUCAUCUGUGAGUACUUGUCCUUGUUUGGGCCUCACCUCCCUGCUCCUGUGUCUUACCAAUAAACUUAUAAAACCCA